UGUGAACGUGCGCCUCUGCCUCAAAACAGCCAAACCGGUCACUUUCCCCCAUAUCCACACCUCCACUUCUUGUUCUCCUUUGUCGUCGUCUGAGCGAGACACACGCAACAAGCACACGCACCAGUCAGCCAUGAGCCGUCGUCGCAUCUACGUGGGCAACCUGCCUUACGACAUUCGCGAGCGCGAGAUUGACGACUUGUUCUACAAGUUUGGGCGCAUUGAGGAGAUCACCAUCAAGGGGCCCUACGCCUUUGUCUCCUUUGAGGAUUCCAGGGACGCCGAGGACGCUGUCCGCCGCAGGGAUGGCUACGAGUUUGGCGGUGGCCGCCUCAGGGUUGAGUUUGCCAACGGCGGCCGCCGCGAGCGUGGUGCCCGCGCCUUCAACGGCCAGCACUCGGAAUUCCGCCUGCGCGUGAGCAACCUCCCGCGCACGGCCAGCUGGCAGGACGUCAAGGACUUCUGCCGCGAGGCCGGCGAGGUGCUGUUUGCGGAGGUGUUCCAUGACGGGACGGGCCUUGUGGAGUUCCGCCGUGAGGACGACAUGGAGUGGGCCCUGCGCAACCUCAACGAGCGCAAGCUCCGCUCCCACCUCGGCGACAGCGACAUUGUCACGCUUGUCGAGGACCGUGGUGAGGGCGGCCCGCCACCCCCACGCGACGACCGCUCCCCACGCCGCCGCUCCCUGUCUCCUCGUCCCCGCUCCCCCUCCCCGCGCCGUCGCUCCCCUUCGCCGCGCCGCCGUUCCCCCUCCCCGCGCCGUCGCUCGCCCUCUCCCCGGCGCCGCUCCCCCUCCCCUCGCCCCCGCUCUCCGUCUCCACGGCGCGACGACGACGACCGCCGCCGCUCCCGCUCACCCUCUCCACGCAGGGACGACGCGCCCGAGCCCCGCCAGGACUAGGCAGCUUGCCUUGGCGUGGCGUGGGGGCCUCUGGCAUGAGGCAGCACCAUCACAGGUGCUGCUGCAUCUGCUUGGUGCCACACCCCGAGCGUUGACGUACGCACCCUCCAUCCCCUCUCCUCAUCAUGCGCUAUUGGUUGUGUCACUGUUGGUGCCGUCGUGGUUUUGUCGUCAUUGUUGCUGUGGUGCGUUCCCCGCUCCGGCCAACCACUCCACCACAUGUUGAUGUUCUUGUUCUUCCUUUGUUUAGCAUUUCGUGUGCACACAACAGCCCAGUUGUGUAACGUGUAGGCCCCUCGUCUGAUGAGUGUCCCUGUUUGUGUGCUGCGUACCUACCUGCUUGCAAGAGUUGCUCUGUGCAGUGCGUUGUUUUGUUGUUUCAUGUGAUGUGGCACACGCGCAACGCCGGAUUUCUCCAUUGAAUUGAACCAUACUCAACCCAGCA